CACCUCCGCCCUUUUUCUCUGCGACGUGGCCGGCUUCUUCUGCCCAGAGAGCACGUCACUUCCGCCGAAUCUCUGACCUGCUGCUAAGAUCGCGACGGGAACUGGAACCCGAGGUCCCCGCGCGGUCCGGGCCUCGCGCCCUGAGGGGAAGAGUGGCCCGGCCCAGCGUGCUGGGGUGGAGACCUUGACUCCAGUCCCUUCCCUAGCCAUGACGGACGGGAUCCUAGGGAAGGCAGCUACAAUGGAGAUCCCCAUCCAUGGAAAUGGCGAAGCUGGGCAGCUUCCUGAAGAUGAUGGGCUGGAGCAGGACCUCCAGCAGGUGAUGGUGUCAGGACCCAACCUCAAUGAAACUAGCAUUGUGUCUGGUGGCUAUGGGGGCUCUGGUGAUGGACUCAUCCCCACAGGGUCUGGCCGCCAUCCAUCUCACAGCACCUCACCUUCUGGCCCUGGUGAUGAGGUGGCCCGGGGCAUUGCCGGAGAGAAGUUUGACAUCGUCAAGAAAUGGGGCAUCAACACAUAUAAGUGCACAAAGCAGCUGUUAUCAGAGAGAUUUGGCCGAGGCUCCCGGACUGUGGAUCUGGAGCUAGAGCUGCAGAUUGAGUUGCUGCGUGAGACGAAGCGCAAGUAUGAGAGUGUCCUGCAGCUGGGCCGGGCACUGACAGCCCACCUCUACAGCCUGUUGCAGACCCAGCAUGCACUAGGUGAUGCCUUUGCUGACCUCAGCCAGAAGUCCCCAGAGCUUCAGGAGGAAUUUGGCUAUAAUGCAGAGACGCAAAAGCUGCUGUGCAAGAAUGGGGAGACGCUGCUAGGGGCUGUGAACUUCUUUGUCUCUAGCAUCAACACACUGGUCACCAAGACCAUGGAAGACACACUCAUGACUGUCAAACAGUAUGAGGCUGCCAGGCUGGAAUAUGAUGCCUACCGGACAGACUUAGAGGAGCUGAGCCUAGGCCCCCGGGAUGCAGGGACACGUGGUCGACUUGAGAGUGCCCAGGCCACUUUCCAGACCCAUCGGGACAAAUAUGAGAAGCUGCGGGGAGAUGUGGCCAUCAAGCUCAAGUUCCUGGAAGAAAACAAGAUCAAGGUGAUGCACAAACAGCUGCUGCUCUUCCACAAUGCGGUGUCUGCCUACUUUGCCGGGAACCAGAAACAACUGGAGCAGACCUUGCAACAGUUCAACAUCAAGCUGCGGCCUCCAGGAGCCGAGAAGCCUUCCUGGCUAGAGGAGCAGUGAGCGGCUCCCAGCCCAACUUGGCUAACAAGAAGGACACUGGGCGGGGCAGCCCCAGGGUGGAGGAGAUUGGACACGGGAUGUCCUUUGCCACUUACUUUUCGGCUUGGGCUCCCCUUUCCCAGCUGGGGUCUGACACCAGUUUUGCCCAUAUUGCUGUGGUCUGAAGAGGGCCCUGUAGGCCCAGAAGCUGCUGCCCUGUCCUUUAUCUUCCUGGCCACUGGGCUUCAUUUCCAGAUCUUUUCCUUCCACUUCACAGCCAAAGGCUAUGACAAAACACUCCCUGGCCAAUGGCAUCACUCCUCAGGCCUAUCCCCAGCUCUUGGGAUGUGCCCCCGACCAAAGACAGGACCUCGAAAGGCUCUGUCAGCCAAUGGCAGCUCUUCUUGGGCUCUCUUGGGCCAAUAGUGUUGCCUCCAAUACCCUUUGUCCCUCCUCGAUGGGUGUCCAUUGUAGAGAAGGGGACUGGGACCAAAGGAGUGGGGAAAAUGGGGAGCCCCAUUUAUGGCCCUGCAUCUGAAUGGGCCCUCCCCUCAUCCACCCAUCCAGUUGAAUUGUGCUUAGAGCCCAGGAAGACUGGGUUCUGGCACUAGGAAUAAACCUUUCGUAAAAGCAGGCCCAGUGAGGUCAAUUUGUGGGGGACUAGAGGAGGGUGGAUUGGUAAGGAAUUCCCAGUAAUCAUGCAUUCAUUUCCUAUGAAUUCAAAAGAGCUGUGGCCAAGUUUCAGAAGCUGCCGAAGGCCUGAUCCCCUCGGUCCUAGUUAGAGCCCAAAGCUUUAUUUUCUCUUCCCCGUUAGCACCAAGACAGCUAUAGGUUUGAAGAGCAUAGGGUCCAGAGGGGGUUGGGCUGGCUAACCAUGCAUUCAAUCAUACAGCUGAUGUUUACUGAGUGCUUUUAUUUGCCAGGCACUGGCUUAAGCCCUGGGGAAACAUCAGUGAAUAAAACCUGGUCCCUGCUCACAGUGCUUAAGGCCAAGUGGGGGAUAGAGACAAGUAACCAGGCAACUACAAUACAAUGAGAAAUGCUAGGAUACGGGAUGCAGUGGGAGCACCUGAUAAGGGGCAUCUUGCUUAGACUGGGGUAGGGAUGGGGAUGCCAGUUUACAAACAGAUCUGAAAAGUAGCUAAUAGACCAGGCAGAAAGGUGAAUGUACAUGAAGUCUGAGUAAGAAUUCAGUCUGGAAUGAAAAAUUAAGUGGGUGUGACAAGAGGUAGGACUUUUGAUCUUUGGAGAAAGGGAACUAAGAAACCUCCAUCAGAGAUCUGACAGCCUGGGGAAAGCCUAGGGCUGAGAAAAUACAGUCUUUCUGGGCUCUUGGGUAGCCUAGUGGCCCUAGCUUGGCUCUCUAAGCAUGAACCUUGCCUGAGCUUCACAAGCAGUGAGUAGCCACUUGCAGGGAUAAAGGCAGUUUCAUCACUCCUGCUGUAAGCUGCUCCGCUCCGCUCCUGUUGAAGUCAGACCUGAACUUUACGUGAGAAGUCAAAGAACACUCCCAGCAACACGUUAGUCAGGGCUCAAGUGCCAUCAAUCCUUAGCCCCCAAGACAACUGCAGGCUUUUUCAGCAUUCUCUCACCUGGAGGGUGGAGAAAGGGGCCAACCCAGUCAUCAGGUUCUCAUAGCACAGGGUGCACUCCAGUCUGGCUUGACUCUUGGUCAUUGAUACUGCAAUCCCCAGCCAGGCUUCCUGGGCUUUGGUUAGUCUGUAUGUAGCCAGCUGUCUGCCUUGAUUAUUAGAGGUGCUGGUCCUCGUAUUAGCCCCUACUUCAUGGGCCACUGGGGAUUUUUCGUUGUUAAGGCACUAAAUCUCCAAUUGGUUGGAGACAGAACCUGAAAGCAGAGCCCAAACCUGGUUCCACCAUUUUCUAGCUGAUUAGGAUUAACGCCUGGGGAGCGAACGCUCCGCUCCUUCCGUUGUAAAGCAGCUAAUAAAAGCAGCUACCUAUUACGGUUAUGCGUAUUAAAUGAGAUAAUGUAUGUAAAGUGAUUAGCUCUGUCUGGCACGUAAUAAACACUCGGUCCCUGUUAAUGUA